AUGGGUGGGGAAUCAUACCGAAGAUCUGUGCAGACCGGCUGUCACAGAAUCAACUUGCAGCGAGACACGAUGUCAUCAGAGUACACCACUGUCGCGGAAAACAAGUUAUGGCUAGAGAUGACGACGACCCGGCCGCCACCUCGUCACAAAUCGACCGGCACAACGUGGUCCGGCGGCGUGUCGAUUUACGCUCAAUUUCGCCCGGAACUAAGCCGUGAAUCUCAAUUGACAGAGUCCGUGUUGCAGUCAUUUUACGCAGAGCAGGUCAUUCAGGCACCGUCCGCACGAAACCACCCGUCAAGUCGUCGCUUUCCUCGUUCAUCGGCAGGCGGUCGUUGGUCGGUCAUCAUAAAGAUGCCACCACUUGACCCUCUUCCGUACGGUUUUUUGACUCUGACUGCGAAGGAAUCUAUUUGCUCAUACUCAAGAUUCUCGUCCGACGAAGUAUCCUGUUGCAGUGCUCGGCUGUUCGACCUGGUGACGUGUUGCUGGCGCUUCGACGCAAACUGGUUUAACGAAAGGGAUUGGCGCCGACACACGACUGAGGACGGUGAGGGCAAAGGCAGAGGUUUGAGGACCUGGCUGGCCCAGAGUCACAGCCUCAAACGCGAAUCUUUCGAAUCAUCGUUCGUUCGUCCGUUCUUCAUCGCUUCAGCCAUAGCCAAUGUUGUGGGUCAUCGUCGUUGCUCCUUGCUGACCGCCCGACCGACUGACAGAUCGAAACCGAAACACUUUCCUGCUUUGCAACGGCUACAUCAAGAGAACUCGGUCUGCUGCUCGUUCGCUCCGAACUCUCUUGCUUUCCUCCUCUCUGUCGUACACACCAUACCGGCCGGCUUUCGCUGGCUGCGCCGUCGCAGUCGUCGACGUUCUACGUUCUUCAACGCCAGUUUUAGCAGGUCGCUGUCAGGUGCGGUGGUCGGUCUCUCGCUCGGUGGCUCGGUCUAUCGCUCAUCGCGUCAUACGCACGCUUCCUGCUCACUUCGCACCACAUACGGUAAGCGCUUUGAUUCGCAGGCUCGGUGGUCGGCAACGAGGCUUAGAUCGCACUGCCUACCAAAGAAACCGCACGACUUCCAUCGAUCGAUCGAUCGAUCGAUCGAUCUUGUUACCGUUCAAAGCAAUUGGCGCUCACGUGGCCAUGUCGUGCCAACCUUCCAAUGGCCAGGUGAGAAAGUGUCGUUCUCGCGGGACCACCUGUCGACGUUGGACGACCAAUCGCUACAGCUGACUGUAGUGUAA